AUGGAGGCGGAGCUGGAGGCGUCGGACGUCGUGGAUGCGAAUGGAUGGUGCGCGCGAUGCGACUGCGACGCGCGCGUCGAACGCGUCGACGCGGGACGUCCGGGAAGGUACGUCGGAAAAUCCAGCGCGAUGGUGUUGAGAGGCGUGACGACGACGGGGAGAGAGGUGAGCGUGAAGGCGUGGUGCGGAAUUCGAGGAGAAUUUCGUCAGCAUGCGAACGCGCCGCCGGUUGAAGAAACGUGCCCGAGCGAGACGGACGCGUCGAUCGGUUCCGUCGAUCGAUCGAGACGCGUCUUGGCGAUCCAUGGUUUGAUUGAAAAGAUGGGAUUCGGUCGAUAUCUAGCCCACACCGAGUUGAAAACGCUCAGGUUUUUCACGCCGAGGGACGAGUACUCGUUCGGCGGGAAGCAAGUCGCGCGCGUCCUCGUCACGGAUUGGGCGCGGGGCGUCGUCGCGACGGACAUCAACGGCGCCAGAGAAGGGGAGAACAAGAUGACGAGGGAGUUAUUUCGCCUGGUCUCUCGACUAAAGCGCGAAGACAUCGUCGCGAUGACGCUGCUUGAUUUUCUGCUCGGAAAUUACGACAGAAAUAUUUUCAACAUGUUCUUCGACGAGGACGACGCGUCGGUGACGCUGAUAGAUAACGAGGACAUGUUCCGACGGUACGAAACGAACUCGGUGACCAUUCCCGGAACGAAUCAUCACUGGCACUUCGUCGAGGGAUACGUCAUCAAGGAAAAGGAAAAAAACGUACCCAGCGAGGAAAAGUGUCGAGCGAAAUCAGCCAACGAAACGAAACCGGCGUGCAUCGUGGAGCUUCAAAACGGGAACUGGCCGCUGACGAUCGGAGCUAUCCUUGACUACAGAUGUUGGGUCAAAGGAGGCGCUGUGCACCGUGAGUAUCCCUCCCAGUUCAGAUCUUUCGUGCGGGAUGUCAUCGAGUCAUCGACGGAAGAAUUGGUUGAAAAGCAUGGCCUCGUCGAGGACGACGUCAUCUUCCUGAAGGAGCGCGCCAACCUAUUGGAUCGUUACGGCUUCGAGGGCGCACUUAAAAUUGUUUUGCUCCAAUCGCAUCGGCAGCACGAUAUUCGUGCGCCGUGCUGUGAUCCCCUGCGGUGCCCGUGGCCCGCGGAUGAGUCGCUCGACGCCGACGAGGAGAUUAACGCUCGACGAACCGAGAUCGCGCACACGGGGCCGUACGUUCGAAAUCAUAACGAAUUGAGCCGGAUCGCACAGAGUUUUAUCGGACCGAAUGAUGCGAGAAGCGUCUCAGCAUUUCUGAAGAUUAUAGAUAGAGAUAAUGAAGCCGACGACGAUCGCAGUGGUAAAGUCGUGGAUGGUCUGGGGGAGAUGCGCGGGCCGACUGUCGAGUCGGUGGAGCAUCACGAUACUCCGCUGUUGGUGUCAUCGAGCGAUAAUAGUUUCGAGUGGAGGCAAAUCGAACGUGUCAGUGCGUCGGCAUUGACGAGCGACGCUUUCGUACGCGAAUACGUCCAGAAAGGCGUGCCCGUGGUGAUCGAACACGCUGACCUCGCCGCUGCGUUGCGUGGUGCGGUGACGCGAGAGGUUAUUUUGGACUUGUGCGGGGACUCGGACCCUGAUUUAGGGUCGAAAAUCGUGCGCCCGAUUCGCGCGAUGGCAAAAUCAAUGAGAGCAACGCAUCCGAGAUUGUUGCAAGAUCUUUCCGAGCGCCUCAAAUCGACACGAGGUUUGUCUCUCGAUGAUACGCUCAACGUUCUCGAAGGCGAGGGUGAGAUCAAAACGCUACGAGACUUUUUCAAUAGUGAGUUCAUGGGUAACGCAAGCGCGAGGACUCACAAGGUAGACUUUUUACACCCAGCCGAUAACUUGUGGCCUCCGAGCGUGCACUCAUGGCACAUUCCUGAACGAUGUCCAGCGCUCGCCGAACACGUGAGAAAGACAGUUGAACAGAGACUUCGCGGCGACUGGUCGUAUGUGUCCGAGAUACUGCACGGAGAGAAUCCCACAGAAUUUCAAAAGUUUAUGCUCUUCGCUAGCGGCGACGGCGUUCGAGCGUAUCACGCGCAUCACCACAAUAAAGCCGCGCAUGUAAUGGUCUUGGUGCUUCAGGGAGUGAAGCGGGCGGUUGUUUGGGAUCGAGCUGACGAUGACAAUUUGUACCCGCUCGAGGCGCGCACCGGCCGGAUGUACAAUCCAAUCUAUAUGGCGAAUGCCUUCAACGUCGACUUGAACAAACAACCGAAAAUCGCGCAAUCGCACGGCUUCGGUGCAAUCGUCAAGGCGGGAGAUAUUCUAUUCAUGCCGUGCGGUUGGAUCCACUCCUUUGAAAAUGUUGGCGAAACAAUCCAGCUCGUGUGGUCGCCGACGAUCAAGUAUCACAAGGGCGAGCAAUCCAUCGUUCCAAUUUUGGAAGAUGGCGAGGCAAAGUAUUGUCCCAAUGAGAACGGCCGCGAAGGGUACAGGAGAAACUACAAGGCAUCAGCGGAGUAA